UAUAUAACAAUGCAUGUUUUCAAAGCGGCAGCUAAAUCUAUCAGAAGAAACCAAGAUCAACAUGGAGGGGAUAGAACACAAGACUAUAACUGCAAAUGGGCUCAACAUCCACAUAGCACAAAAGGGUGAAGGCCCAAUAGUCCUCUUUAUCCACGGUUUCCCGGAGCUAUGGUACUCCUGGCGCCACCAAAUCUUAUUUUUGGCGGAUCAUGGCUACCGAGCCGUGGCACCAGACCUUCGUGGCUAUGGUGACACGACAGGCGCACCGCUCAAUGACCCCACCAAGUUCACCAUUCACCAUCUGGUGGGUGACAUGAUUGGGGUCCUAGAUGCCAUAACGAAGGAUGGGGAAAAGGUGUUUGUUGUGGGUCAUGAUUGGGGUGCCAUCAUUGCUUGGCACUUGUGCUUGUUUAGGCCCGAUAGGGUGAUGGGUUUGGUGAACAUGAGCGUGCCGUUUCUUCCGUGGAACCCAAAUGGGGACAUGGCUACCAUGCUUAAAAAUGCUUAUGGAGAGGAUCACUACAUGAGUAGAUUUCAGGAACCGGGAGAUAUUGAAGCAGAGUUGGGUAAAAUGAGUGCUGAAACAGUCAUGAAAAAGUUCUUGGCGUACCGAGAUCCGGAUCAAAUUUAUUUUCCUAAAGGUAAAGGAUUUCGAUAUUCACCCGGUGACACCCCUGUCACUUUGCCAUCUUGGCUAUCCGAAGAAGACGUUCAAUACUUUGCUAGCUCCCUUCAAAAGACUGGUAUUACCGGUGCAGUCAACUAUUAUCGCGCUUUUCGUUUGAGUUGGGAACUGACAGCGGCAUGGAAGGGUGCGAAAGUGAUGGUGCCGACAAAGUUCAUCAUCGGAGACCUUGAUUUGACUUAUCAUAUGCCGGGAUUGAAGGAUUAUAUUGUUGGUGAUGAGUUUAAGAAAGAUGUUCCAUUGUUGGAGGAAGUGGUUGUCAUGGAAGGUGUUGCUCACUUCGUUAACCAAGAGAAGCCUGACCAAGUAAACAAACACCUAAUAGAUUUUCUACAGAAGUUUUAAUGUUAAUUUUUAAAGUUUUGUGUAUCCACAAGUUGGUUUGGUUCAAGACAAAUGUAAUACAAGUUACUUUGUGUUUCUAUCGUAACGGUUUAAUCAUUUAUGACUUGA